GAUAAGUGAAUGAGAAUGAGAACGAGAAGGAGAACGAGAACGAGAAGAAGAACGAGAACGAGAAGGCAUGUGUCACGAAAAGGAAUCGGAGAAACGGCGCAAGGUGAGUGAAGAGUAAGAAAAAUAAACGACGAAAGAAUGAAAAAUAAAAAGAAAUAGAGAGAAAGAUCUCUGUCGAGAAGAAGAAUGUGGUUAUCUUUGUCGCUGGCUUGAAAGACGAGAGAGUGUAGAGGACGACGAGAACGAUGACAACGAGGAAAGGAGAGUGACAGAGAGAGAGAGAGAGAGAGAGUGACACGAGGAUAAUGUUCAGCGGCGGAUGGGAAUGAAAGACGACCUCGUUGCGGUAUGCGAAACGAAAGAAACGGAAAUUCGAGGGAUAUUUUACGGAGAUGGUGCUCGGGGCAGAGCAACGCGCUCGUGAUACCGGAACGUCGAAAGUUUAGACGCGUGCAUGGACUUCAGUUGCCGUUGCAUCCCCAACAAGUGACCGGCUGGAUCGUAAUCUUGAUCAUCGUGGUGAACACGUUCGCGAUACUGACGCCACUCCUCGAGCCGAAUCUACGCCCAACGUUCUCGAUCGUGAUCGCUGCUGUCUUUCUAACGCACAUUUGCUCCCACUUGACGGUGCUUCUGUUGGACCCGGCGGACCCGCGGGUCAGGUCUCAGCCGACGAACAAAGUUCUGCCGGAAUUCGACCGACGGAAACACUCGCACGUGAUCGAGAACGGCAGAUGCCACCUUUGCAACAUAACCGCCGAGAGCAAGAGAACCAAGCACUGUUCGAUCUGCAACAAAUGCAUCGUCCGAUUCGACCACCAUUGCAAAUGGCUCAACAACUGUAUCGGGGCUAGAAAUUACCGUGCUUUCCUAGUCUGUUUGAUCUCCGCUAUCUUGGCGAGCCUGUUCGUUGCCGGCCUCUCCGCCACAGAGCUGUCCUUCUCCCUGUUCACCGACCGAUUCGCCAGUCCAAGCAUGGAGAACAACACCACCGAUCCCGUAAUGCCGUUUAUCGCCCCUGCCUCGGACACCACUCUCAUAAUCGCCAUUUCCGCCAUUGGCAUCCUCUCGGCGAUCGUGGCGAUACUCUUGCUUCACUUGUGCUUCUUUCACGGUUACAUCGCCUGCCUCGGGCUGACCACCUACGAGUACGUGCGGAACAAGAGGGAGAAGAACUCGGUGGCUGCCGCGGUGGCGAUCGCUGCAGCUGCGACAGCUGCCGCGGCUGCAGCCGCCGCCGCUGCCUCCACCGCUUCCGGCACCGCCACCUCAGCUGCAACGACCACCGCUGCGACCGGCGAUCCCACCACCACCUCCUCCGCCUCCUCCUCCGUCGCUGCUACGACCACCGUAACCACGGUUACCGAGAACGCUUCGACGCAACAGAUCACCAUCCAGCAGAUAGUCCCCGACAGUUCGAGGCUGCGAUACGGUUUCUGCGAGUUCAUCUCCUCCCAUCGUUCCUUCGCGUCCUCGCGUUCCUCGCGUUCCUCGCGUUCCUCGCGUUCCUCGCGUUCCUCGCGUUCCUCGCCCUUCGCCAACGACGCGAAUUUGCUGUACUCGCGCCGCGGUACCAACGAAUGCACCGACGAACGAAUCGAGUCCCUCGAGGGCAAGCCGAAAGUCAGCCAAGCACCUUCCACUCGAUCCCCCUUCUCCCGUCGGAAGAACGAGAGAGAGAAACGGAACUUUCGGCUGUGUUUCUCAACGUACGAACUCGAACCGUCGCGACUCGACAACCACAGUGAAACCACCACCGCGUCUACCGGCGGCGAGAUUUCGACAGACACGGACGUGUCAGUGACGACGGACGUUUCUCGAAAUUGGAACGCCGCUACUACCGCCGAUCUGUCCACGCCGUCGCCAGUGUUCUGUUGCUUCGCCACGCUCAAUUCCGCGUUGACCAUGCACUGUUGCGUGACAAACGGCAGACCGGGCGUCCACGAGGCUCCCGUCGAGUCGAAGAAACGACCCAGCUGCGACGACACGUCCGAUCGGGUCGUACGCGCGUCGGCAAACUCCUGCGAGACCGUCGAGAGAAUCGGCAGGUUUCUUCGAACGUAUCUGAGCAAAGGCAAAAGGAGAAGAAGGUGCAAGAAGAAAAGAAAGGGUCGACAGCAGUCGUUCGACGUGACAGGCAGCACGUUGCAGAUAGCAAAGUCCAAGGGACUCGACAGCGCCGAUUUCGAUCGGAAUCGAACGACCAUCGAGGACACGGUGGCGGUGGUGUCGUCCUCGCAACUCGCAGCCACAGUCACAGACACAGACACAGACUCUUCGCCACAUACUGGCGUUCCUUUGCCGAUCAACACAAUGGCGACGACAGCAACAGCGGCACCGCCGUCAUCGCGAUCUUACUUGAAACCUUCCGCGCUGCAUCGUUCGUCGUUAAUCACAGAGUUCAAUCUGUUGGACACGCAGCAGAAUCGGAGCCUGCUCCGGUCGCAGAAAACACUCGGCCCGUCGACCUACAGGAGACCGAGUACGCACUUUUUCCUCCGAAGGGGACAAAAGGCGAAAAUAAAUUCGCAGAUAAUAACGCAGUCUAUCAAGCUCUCUCCUAUUUUGGAGUCGGAAUUAUCGAAACCCGUGACGCCACGAUCCACCCAUUCUUCUCUGUCGUCGUACUCUGGCCUCUCUAACCGUUCAAUUUGUUCGACGUCGUCUUCGUCGUCGUCGUCUUCGCAAGUCGCUCGCGACUCGUUGCCUUUCCACGAGAAAUGCGAGAUCCAUCGUAUCGAAUGACUGUUCCGACCGUUUUCCUCGUCACUGCAUCGCGCUUAAAACGCGAUCAGCCGGUAAACUGUAAACGAUCGUUGCGUUCCUUUUUCUUGGCAAACUGAAACGUGAAGGGAGAAAAAGAAAAAAAAAAAAAAAAAGAAAAAAAAAUCGGUGGAGAAAAGGGUGAAUAAACCGGAGGGAAUAGUUGUACGAAGAGAG